AUGAAGCGAGCACAGCGGCCGGUCCGCGCGUGGUCGAUGCAACACUCGCGCAUUCCUGCCCGACAACCUUCCUCUCCCCUCCUGGCGGGACGUGUGAGGCUCACAGCUGAGGCUCGCGUUGAGGGCGGUGGCAGUGCAUCCACAUUUACUGCCACGCUGGUCCUCAAGCGAGGCUACAAACCCCUCAACCCCUACGCAGUGGACUUCCGCCUAUCGCCCACCGAUGCGCUGAACGCCUUCGAUAAGUUCCACAAGCAGUCUUGGCUGUCGCCACUCAUGACCACCCUCAAGACCAGCAGCGACGUGCGGCCCGUCUUUCUGCCCUUCUGGGUCUUCGAGGCCUCUGUCAAGGGCACUGUGUCUGGCGAGGUUGGCCACCGCGUACUUCGCCCAGAGUACAACAUUCGCACGAAGAGGAUGGAGAUGAGAGCCAGCAUGCAGUGGCAACCCACCAACAGGCACAAGAUGCCGCUCAUCAAGUUCCACAACAACCAACCGGAAAUGCAAGUCCUGGCCUCCUACGCUCACAAGCAAGAGUAUGCGGAGGCCAUAAAGGGCCAGUACAUCGACGCCGCCAAGCGGAUGACGUCGGCCAUGAUGGAGGGACCCCAGGGAGAGAAGCGCGAGGUCGAACCCUUUGAGAUGUUUCCCUCUGUGGCGCGAGAGCGUCUCAUUACCGACCUUAAGUCCUACAUCCUUCACGACGGAUCCGAAUACCUGCGGAUCCUUUACAGCGCAGACGACGUCCGCUCAGUCACGAUCGAUUUUGACUUCAUCGGUGACAUCAAGCCUUUCCCGGUGUACCUUCCGUCCUAUGUGGUGGAGUAUAGCUAUAUGGGCCAUAACUUCAGGGCGCUCGUGAAUGGCGUCAACGGCCAAGUGGGCGGUGAGCACCAUUACUCUUCAUUCAAGGUGGGUGGUUUGACGGCAUUGGGUGCGAUUGCCGGGGCAGCGGCGUUGGGUCUCGACUUCCUCAACAUACCGAGCUUUAUUUCCAUCGGGCUCGCGUCUGUAGUCGCAGGAGUGGCUGCACGAUACUACCCCUUCUACGCCGCGUGGCGGAAGGAGCAGAGGAGAGUCGCUGAAGAGGCCCUGCAGAAGCGACAAGCCCACUUCUCGUGGGAGAGCGACUCCUUCUGGCGCGACUACGGAGAGCAUCAGAGACAGCAGCGGGAUAAGGAACGCGAGGAGGAACUGAGAUGGCAGAAGAGCAGACAACAACAGCAGCACCAACGACAGCAGUACCAGCGCACUAGCGUCGAUCCCAAGGGCUACUAUCGUCUGCUUGAGCUCUCGGGCAAGGAAGGAACGGCCACCGAGGAGGAGGUCAAGACGGCCUUCCGUCGGCUGGCGAUGAAGUACCAUCCCGACAUGCAGAAGACGGAGCAGGAGAAGAAGAAGAACAGCGAGAUCUUCAAGCGAGUGGUCACGGCCUACCAGGUCCUACGCGACAAGACGAAGAGGAGCAACUACGACCGGUAUGGCACUGAGUAA